GACGUCGUGGUCAGUGUGGAUGACAUCGAACGUCUUGGAUGCUCCAGCAUGGACGAGAACGUGAGGAGUUUCUGCAACAGCGGUGCGGAUCAGGAGCAGACACUGGAGGAGAACCGGGCGGCUUAUUUCAGGUUGCGCCUUCUGCCGAGGGUACUUCGUGACGUAGCGCAUCGGCGAAUGGAGGUCACCCUUCUGGGGGACAUGACGUUGUCCAUGCCGGUUGGGAUUUCGCCGACGGCCCUGCAAAAAUUGGCGCAUCGGGACGGAGAGGUUGCCACCGCUAGAGCUGCCCAUGCUGAGGGGACCCUGAUGAUACUGAGCUCAUACAGCAGCACUUCCAUGGAGGCCGUGCGAAAGGAGGUGCCAGAAGGACUUCGCUGGUUCCAGUUGCAGAUUGCCAUUGACCGCGACCUCACAAAGUGUCUGGUAAAACGCGCCGAAAGGGCCGGCUACAGGGCGCUCGUUCUGACCGUGGACGAGCCUGUUUUUGGACGGAAAAUCACGAGAGUUAAGAAGCGGUACAGUCAUCCAAAUGGAGUGAAAUACGCUAACUUGGAAGGAACGUCACAUGACGAAUACGCUGACGCGAAAGCUGCGAUGUCUAUGACGGACCCAUUCGUCGACGCUUCUCAGAGUUGGGAUGACGUCACCUGGUUGAAGAGCAUCACCCAUUUGCCCGUGGUCGCCAAAGGAAUCACCACCGCGGAAGACGCCGAAGAAGCCGUCAAUCGCGGAGUUUCAGCCAUUCUCGUCUCUAACCACGGCGGACGGCAACUUGACGGACUUCCGGCAACCAUCGAAGUACUCCCCGAGGUUGUCAGGGCUGUCCGAGGUCGGGUCGAGGUUUACGUGGAUGGUGGAGUCCGUCGCGGCACCGAUGUGGUCAAGGCGCUGGCACUCGGAGCCAAGGCUGUAUUCGUGGGACGCCCCGUCUUCUGGGGCCUGGCUUACAAUGGUGAAGCCGGCGUGAGGCAAACUCUCUCGAUACUUCGAGAAGAGGUGGACCGUGCGCUAGCACUGAUGGGCUGUUCAUCUAUCGACCAGCUGGUCCCAGAGAUGGUCGUGCAUCAAGAUCACUUUUCGCGGCCAACAAUUGCUACGUGUCCCUGCUCCAAGAAAAAAGCGAUGAAUGAUCCUAUCGUCCAGCAGGCAGCUUUUUGAUGCACUUCGUCGAUAAAGAAGUUACAGACUUUCAAGGAAUUCGUCCGAACUGGCUUUAGAAAGAAUAUGUGCUGGAUAUCCUGAGCAUAUCGGAAUAACAUUU